UAGAUGGACUCUGCAUACUUGAGUAACAGGCAAGAUGGAGAUCUGACUAAUAAAUCACCGGGUUGUCCAAGUACAAGGUUAAUACUGCGACUGAGUCCAGUGUAAACAGACAUUAUGGAUAUUAUGAUUCCAACCGACGGCAUACAAAAAGACUCAGACAAUGAGAUUUUAACGCUGUGUCCACCCAAAGGAUCGGGAUACAAUAUGGACUUAGGAUCCUCUGUCGAAAGCUUAAAAAUGCAAACUGCUUUUGGGAAAACGAAAGUUCACCCAAGUUUUUCAGAUGAAUUUACUGAAAAGGAAGGAGAAAUCAAAGCUCUCCAUGAAUAUCUUUCUCAGUCAAUUGCAACUAAUGACACGGGAAACUUUGAAAAGGGACUCGCAGAUAUUAAAAAAAGUAUUGCCAAUUCUCAACUUUUUGGUGGCCUGUUGGACAAUCGUCUUGUAAAUGUUAAAUAUGGAGGAACACUAUUACAAGAGGCAAUAUUUCAUAGGAGAUCAGAUAUGGCUAGACAAUUGAUGAGACUUGGCGGAAAAGAGCUGAUCUUAAAGCAAAUAGUGAAGGGAGCGGGCGAAGGUGGGACGGUACUUCACGGCGCUGUUGUUCAAUCACUUCGUCCAAUUGUAAAGGAAAUAUUUACCGAAUUAAACAAAGAUGAAAUUAAACAGUUACUUUACUCAAAGGCAAUUGGCGCAUUCUUCAAAAGGAUGUUCAAAUCUUAUGAAACGCCUUUGUUUUUAGCGUUAUUGAUUCGUGAUAUCUCAAUGGUUAAAAUACUUUUGGCGGCUCAUGUGGAAUCACUCUUCGUCACUGACUCAUGUGGACAGAAUAUUCUGCAUAUUCUGGUGAAACUUUGCAAAACAGCAGAUAGCGAGGCAUUCACCCAAUUCACAUUUGAUGUGUACAAUAUGAUAUGGGAAGCAAAUAAUGGGGAAAUAGUCAUGCAGCAUCUAGCAUCAAUGGAAAAUAACAAUGGAAUGACGCCGAUGCUUUAUGCAAUAUCUGAAGGAGAAUUUCAAGUCGUCCAUCGUAUGAUGCAAACAUUAUACAGGCACGAGGACAUAACGUGUGGACCAUCAGCACUGGCGACGUACGACGUUACGGAAAUAGAAACAUGUUCUGAAGUUGGGACAAAAAAUGCGCUCCCUGGUAUAUCGCUUUUCGCGUUAUCGUAUGACUGUGAUAGAAAACGAGACAUAUUUUACUGUCAGCCAUGGGCCUUGCUAUCAAAGCUAAGAUGGCGAAGAUACGCCCCGAGAAUGCUCGUUUUGAUGAUACUUCAGCUCAUCAUAAUGAUAUCAAUCACCAUUAUUAUAGUAGAUAAACCAACACACAAUUAUAUAGAUGAAUAUUAUAAGAACGCAUCACGUGAUAACCUCACAGCGUCAUUUUUCGAAGCACGAGGCUACGAUACUCACAUAGGUAAACUAAAGAUGGUACUCGACUUUCUUAUACCUGCGAUAUGUUUUCUGUCGUUCGUCAACGAGAUUAUGGUCACGAUGGGCUAUAACUAUCGACUAAUGAAGAAGGGGCUGCCGUUCAUAGAAUGCGUGAAAAGGCAAUUCAGUCCAGCGGCUGGAAUUGGCUUGUACUGUGUCAUGCAGACAUUGUUUGGAUUCUCGAUAUUCAUAUCAGUCGUUUUAAGUUUGCUGUCUUUUCAUACAGCCGAUAUUUUUUCUGCUAUUGGACUCAUCUGUGGGUUUAUCUACCUUACAUUCUAUGCCAGAAGUAUCGAAUACACAUCCCUGUUCACAGUUUCAAUUACGAAAAUGCUGUUUGGUGACAUCUCAAGGUUUCUCGCUAUAAUAUCAGUCUACCAUUUAGGAUUCUCAACUGCGUUUUUCGUCCUUUUUAAGAACACAGUAGGAGGACCGCCAGAGGACUUUGAGACCUACUGGACGAGCAUGUUGGCCGUGUAUAAACUCAUGCUGGGAUUGAGUGAUUUCUCGACCAUGGAAGUUGAAUUCGAGACAGUCUUGUGUCUGUUCUAUCUUUGCUAUACGAUGAUCAUUACUGUCAUGUUGUUCAAUAUGCUGAUCGGCAUCAUGGCAAACACCAUCAACGCCGUGGCGGAACAGACGAUGUACCUUGCCCAGUUGCAGCGUCUGUCGUGCAUCGUUGCUAUAGAGAACCGGAUACCGUUUGAGAACUUUGCAUCAACUGCGAUCAAGCAAGGAUGGAUGACAGUAAAGACAGUUAUAUUCGCUGGGAAGAAGCAGAAACGGUUAUUCAUCCAAUGUGAAGAAGAAAUAAACGUUGAGCCUAAACCGACAGCUAAAACUAUAAAACCACUGCAUAUAACUACGGAUCUGUUUCCAUAACGUCUCUGUCGAUUGUCACUAGGAAUGAGUCAUCAAAACAUUUCUAAAUUAUUAUUUAUGUGCAUAAAUUCUUUUUAUUCUUAACGACCGACCUGACAUCUUUAUAUAAAUCUAUAAUGUAUUUGUAUUGAGUGAGUUCCUCCAUGCGCAGUUAGAAAAUUAAAAAUUUACCCAAGCCCUCCCACCCUUGUAUUAUCUAUGAUGAAUCAUGCUUCAUGUGGGGGCGGUUAUUCUAGUACUCAAUGUAUAUGUAUUUGAGUUUAUAUGUUUUAUGUUUACUUAAUAAACCGUUU